AUGCGGGCUUCUGCCGCUCCCCCUGGUGGUGCUUACGGCGGCAGCUAUUCCGGGGAAAAUACGUCUCAAGUCAUUCCUUUUAGUGCUCAUGAGGAUGGUUCUCGAGGUUGGGAUGGCAAUGAGGUGGUGUUGACUUCUGGAGGCGACGACCUACUAGGAAUGGCAGCUGCACCAGCUUCUGCUGAGAUUACGGAGAUGGGCGAUGGCACCAGUAGUUGCGAAUAUGUGGAGGACGCGAAUAGCGAUGUGAGUGAGCCAUGGAUAGAGGACGGAGAAUGUGUUGCGGCCGACGUGAUUACUUCGGCUUCUGCCCACUGGUGUGCGCAUGAGAUGGCCAUCGACGCGGAGGCGGAUCCCCUCGCCUCUUUCUUUGCUCAGUUGAUUUCUUCGCAUUCGCUCGUAGAGGGACCAAGUGGAGCAGAUGGUAAGGCAGCCUCUAACCAACCAUAUACGCAAGCGACUCCUUCUGAUUGUACCUAUAUCCCAACUCCCCAAACAGAGGAAACGUGUGGCAAAGCAGGGGCUGCGGGCAUCGCUGGUGAAGGCAGAGAGGCAGCGAAGGCGGUGGAGCCGCAGGGAGCGCGUAGACGCGAAGGCAAUCGGGCGGGCAGCGGGUCACGGCGUGCACCUACACAAUUUACUGGGAGUACAAUUGCCGAUAGUCUUGAUCCUGAGAUGCGGGCGUAUUUCGCUGCCUCCAUUAGACGGAAAGACGUUCCUCAUAUCCUGGGCAGUGUGAGGGCGGUCAUCGCAAGCAACCCGGAAAUCUUUGGAUUUUUUGAUGUGGAGAGCUCCUCAGAGGCAGAGGCAGCCGGUGGGCGGCCCCUGGUGGGGCCACCUCUUUCUCGCAGGGGCGCCUGCCUCUCAGCAAGGCAGGGCAGGCCUACGGGGCAGCAUCAGCAACAGCAACAGCCGGCAGCUAUCUGUGCUGCUGCACAGGCAUCGGAAGAAUAUGACAAUAUGACGCAUGGCCGUUGUCAAUUGGGGGCACAGGAUACGACGGAGUGGUUAUUCCCACCUGCAGUGCCUGUGUGCAGUGAAUUUUGUAGAGUGAAUCCUCGUGUGGCUGUUCAUUGGCUGGUGCAGACGCAGAUGGAGAGUAUGCUUGACGGUGGGCUAUGGCAGCAAAAUGACCAGCAUCAGGCAGUUGGGACGAGACAAUGUGAUCGGCUUGAUGAGAUCUCUUGGGCUCAUCUGGCGUGUCUGGUGCCCCCCAAGGCUCUGUGCAACAAGCUAGCAGCUGUAGUAAAUCCUGCACGUGAGAAAAUGGAAUUGGCAGCACCGCGGCUUGCCAAGGGCCUCAGCAGUGAACAAACUGGUGCCCUCAGGUAUCUCCUACAAGCUUGGUACUUCUCAGGAUACUUUGCGGGCCAGUUGCAGAUGACUGCCGGCGGCAGUUGA